AAUUUUCACAUUGCUUUAAACUUUAUAUCCUUCUUAUUUUGAAAUAUAUGUUAUCGCAAGUGUAAUAUAUACUUAAGUAAUCUUUACUGAACAGUCAUUACUUACAUAGAAAUACGAUGGUUCGUUUCAACGAUUGUAAAACCAUGUCAAACUUUUUAUAUUAAGUACAGUCAAACCCAAACUAAACCAAAACAAACCAAUCAAAAAUGAGAAAAACAAACAUUAAUUAAUUAUUAGGCUAACUAUAGAAAUAAAAAUGGCACAAUUAUGGACAGUAAUCUGGGAACAUUGUAAAAUACGAAAACGCCACUAUGUUCUAACAUUACUAGAAUUAUGCAUUCCGAUAAUAAUAUUUGUUUUGGUUGCAUUCGGAAGAAGCCAACUCCCAUCUUUCAACAAAGAAUUUAUUCCGGUUACUAAAAAUUACAUAACACCAGAUUCUGAAUUAUCCCACAUAAACAUUGUCGAUACAAAACUCUUCUAUUCGCCAAAAACAGCGUUUACCGCCGAUUUAGCAAGACAAGUACAAUUAAAACUGUACAUGUUCAAUGAGAACAUAAAAGGAUUUGAUAGUAAAGAAGACGUUUUGAGGUACUACAACGAAAUGGGCGGUGAUGGAAUAACGGUUAUUGUUAAUUUCGAUGAUGUCGAUCAAAAAAUUCCAACAACAUUGAAAUAUGACAUACAAAUGUAUGAAGAGGGUAUCGACUGGGAAACGGAGAAAUUAUUUCGAAAAGAUAUUCGUUAUUACCCCGGAUAUGGAUCAUCGCAUUAUCUAGGGAAUCAAUUUUUAUCUUUCCAAUGGGCUUUAGAUACAGCUUAUAUCGAAAUGCUUACAAAAUCCCCAUUAAACAUUACUAUAAAUUUUGAAGAAUUUCCAUAUCCAGCACAUUGGACCGAUAAUGGCAUGAAUGAUAUCUUUGUACACCUUCUGCCGCUUUUAACAAUGUUAAGUUUUAUAUUUUUGUUCCCAGCUAUUCUAAAGAUGAUUGUUGAAGAGAAAUCAUCAGGAAUGAAGCAACUUAUGAAAAUUAAUGGGUUAAAAUCGAGUAUUUAUUGGUUAGGUUGGUUUCUUAAUGCUUCCAUUCCAUGUAUAAUAUCUGCAAUUGUGGUGGCGAUAUUAUUAACACAACGUCUUUUCAGUGCUGAAUAUCCUUCACUUCAGCACGCUUCGAUGCCGCAACUUGCUUUGCUGAUACUUUUAUACUGCCUGGCAACUAUUAGUUUUAUAUUUGCGUUCAGUAUAUUUUUCAAGGAUGCAACAUUAGCAAUGAUCACUGGCAUAACAGUAUGGUUCCUAAUUUAUAUAAUAUACGCCAGUACAGUUGGAAACGUAGACACAUUGCCGCUUUAUCUAAAAUACUUCGCCUCUUUAAUACCAACAAUAGCAUUGUAUAACGGCUUUCAAGUCAUAUCCGUUGCAGAAAUAAGAGCAUCGCCUGUCGGAUUUACUGAACAACCACGAGGAUGCAGCGACGACAUGACUAUGCAAACAACUUUCAUCAUGUUAAUAAUAGAUACUCUACUUUAUUUAACGAUUGCUAUAUGUUGUGAAACCGAUCCUCACGGCAAAUACAAAAUCGCGAAUUUUUGUAGAAACGUUAAAAAUAAAAUUGAUAAAUUUAAAAAGAGUGAUAAUACGGGUGUUAACAACGAAGAAGAACAUUUGAUUGGUAUCGAGGAUCCAAAUGAUGAAGUUCUGCUCGAGAUUAAAAAUCUAACGAAAAAAUAUAACGAUUUAGUAGCAGUUAAUAAAUUAAACAUGAAAAUUUAUAAGGACAACUUAACGGUUAUUCUCGGCCAUAAUGGAGCGGGUAAAACAACAACACUAUCGAUAUUGGCGGGACUCGAGAAGGAAACAAGUGGAGAAUUAACCAUCGCAGAAAUAGAAAAUGUUAACUUAAAGGAUCGACAACUGGUUUCGAUUUGUCCACAAGAAAAUAUGCUAUUCACAGAGUUAACCGUUGAGGAACAUCUUGUGCUUUUCGGAAAGUUAAAAGGAUUAUCUGACGAAGACAUAAAGCAAAACGUGAAAAAUCUUUUAGAAAAUAAAUUAAAUCUUGCAAAUAAAAAAGAUGAUUUAGUCAAAAAUCUAUCAGGUGGAAUGAAACGUAAAUUAUCCAUUGGGAUAGCUAUUAUGGGAACACCAAAAGUUGUGAUAUUAGAUGAACCAACAGCAGGAAUUGAUCCGGAAGGUCGAAGGGAGAUUUGGGACCUGAUUUUAGAAUGCAAGAAAGACAGUAAUAUCAUACUUAGCACACAUUUAAUGGAAGAAGCGGAAGAACUAGCUGAUCGCGUGGCAAUUCUCGGAAACGGUACGUUGGAAAGAUAUGGCAAACCAAUGGAUUUGAAGCAAAAAUUAGGAGUUGGUUAUCGAAUACAACUUUUUUAUGAAGAUCCAACGAAGGAAAAAGUUAUAAAAACAUUCGUAGAGGAAAAUAUCGAUGCAAAAAUUAAUCCGGACAACAAUAAACUUGUCUUAGAAUUCUGUAUUACACCAGAAAAGAAAUGCAUGAUACCAAAAUUCAAAGAGGUGUUAAACUCUAGGAAAGGGGAGUUGUCCAUAAAGGAUUAUAAAAUCCGCUCCGUUACAUUAGAAGAUGUGUUUUUAAGGUCCUUGGAAAACCAUGAUAGAGAAAUAAGAUUAACAAUAAACAGACAAGAAUCAAUAAACAGCCAGGGUACUCACAAAAACUUAACUUGCUUUCCCAAUAAUUUAUGGCAUAAAUUCGUACUUAUUGCCGAAAAAAAAAUGAAAAUAUUACGAGCUAUGCCUAUACCGUGGAUAACUAUGAUUGCACUUUUUUAUUCUCUUUUUGCCCUAUCAUUUGCUAUGAACGACAGUGGCCAUAAACACACGGAUAGAGAUGGCAAAACCCUCCAAUUAAACCUAGAUUCUUAUGGAUGUACAAAAGUCUUUUAUGAAAUGAAAAAUGAUGACGCCAACCUAGAACGAAUAUUUGUUGAUCUAAUAGACUCGACCAUUUCAAAUUCACAUAAAGUAGACGAUAUUUCGGAAGCUGUUAUCAGCGUUGGGGAAAAUAACAUCGUAAAGUAUCGACAAAAAUUAAUAGUGGGAGCCAAAAUGAAUUUUGACGAAUCUUCGCGAGAAAUCACCGUCUUUUAUGGCAGUCAACCAAUUCAUGGGGCUCCAAUUUCCUUUAAUUUACUUAGUAACGUUCUUGCAAAAUAUUUGGUGGGGGAAAAUCAUGAAAUUAUCGCCUCUCACACACCUUUAAGAUCGGUAAAAUCAACAACACGACAAACUAACGUAUACGUUGCGGAUUACAUCAUAUCUUGGAUGAUAUUACUAUCAAAUGCUUGCUUAUUUUCUGUGAUAAUGUUCUCCGCAUUGCCAACAUUAGAGAAGAAUUCAUUCAUAAAAACUUUAUCCCGAAUAUAUAACUUAAAUUCAAUAUGUUAUUGGUUGCAUAAUUACAUAACAGAUGUUAUAAUUUAUUUGGUUAUGAUUAUACCUCCAAUUGCAGUUCUAUAUGUUGUAUCUAAAUUAGAUUGGGCGCUACUUCAAAUAGACGGUUACUGCUAUUUAGUAAUUAUUCUUAUUUGGUAUGGAAUAACUAUGAUUCCGCAUACAUAUUUAUCAUCGUUUUACUCAAAAUCUGUUUCUAAUGCGAUCGCUUUAUUACUAAUACCAAAUAUGUUGAGUUCAAUUCCAGUGGGAGUUAUUUUAUCGUUACAGUCAUCAGGUUCUGUUGCACCACAAAUUUUCCUUUACCUUUUUGCUUUAUUAGAUCCCCAUAUUAUUUUAACAUAUACCUUAUCCAUCUUCUGCGAUAAAAUGAUCAAAAAUCAUAAUUGGGACAUGAAAACACCGUCGCAAAAAGAAUACAUCUGCAACGAAACACCUUUACCGUGUUGUGACCCAGAUAGUGUUGAAUGUGCAGAAGAUAGAGCGUAUAUCCAAUAUCCAAUUUAUCUUAUGAUAAGCGUAGUAUCUGCUUUGAUCGUAAUGUUUAUAAUCGUUUGGUUGGACAAAGAAAAAUCAUAUAAAAAAAACCAUGAAGAAGGUGUUACAAUAGGUGCUAAAGAAGUUCAAAAACAUUACAAUAUCAGAACAUUAAGAUCAUUUAAGAAAACAACUGUAAAAGCGGUUGACGAUUUAUCAUUUACGGUGUCCAAAGGAGAAUGUUACGGUCUUUUAGGUGUAAAUGGCGCCGGAAAAUCCACCUCAUUCAAAAUCCUAACAAACCAAGUACGACCGGAUAAAGGAGAAAUCUUUCGACGUCAAAAUUCAUUAAUUGGAUAUUGUCCUCAAGAACACGCUUUAUUAAACUUUUUCACUGGAAGAGAAUUACUAAAAUACUUUGGAAAACUAAGGAAUCCAUCCAUACAAGAAGAUGAAAUAGAUGACUUGCUUAAUAAAUGCGGUUUAAAUGAAUACAGUAAUAAACCCUGCGGUACUUACAGUGGAGGCAACAAAAGAAAAUUAAAUACUUGUAUAGCGCUGAUAGGACAUCCAGAUAUUAUUACUCUAGAUGAGCCGACAACGGGAGUUGACCCCCAAAAUAGAAGAAAAAUAAAAGAACUCAUAAAUGAAACUAAACUUAAUAAAAAGUCGGCAAUAAUUUUUACAUCUCAUAGUAUGGAUGAAUGCGAAUUACUCUGUGAUAAACUAUCAAUAAUGAAAGCGGGAAAACUUGAAACUGAUGCAAAUCUUUCAGUGCCUGAGUUAAAAGAAAAAUACAACAUCGGUCAUAUAAUCCAGAUGAAAGUAAAAUCACCUCAACAAAUCGAUACAAUAUUAGAGGCUUUACGUGAAUCGUUUAAUAAUGUUAUUAUAGAAAAAAUUGCAGCUAGAAAUAAUUUAUUAACCGUUUCAAUUAAGAAUUCUAACUGGGGUUCAAUCAUAUCAGGAAUGGAAAGCAUGAAAACACAUCGAAAUGAAAUUGUUGAUUACAUGGUGAAAGAAUCAAGCUUGGAGGAGGUUUUCUUGAAAGUUGCUAAAGGAUGAAACUAUUUUAUGAUUUAUCAUAAAAUGGAUGUAAUCUCAACUUUGUAAGCUGAAAUCCUACAAGCAGGAUAAUAAUUCACUCAGGCUUUGUGGCCCACAGAUUCCGGUCCAAGAGGAUAAAAAAGAAGUGAUCUACGAUGAUAUUUUUAUUUUGUACGUUGUAGCCCGUUUUUUGAGGUAAAGUAAAACCUCGACUUACGCGACCUCGUCGUUGGGCAACUCUUGGGACUAGGACAAAAACCAACAGUACUACUAUAACACAAUAUCUUAACUACAGGGUAUUACUGCAAUACGAAUUUUUAAUUUUCAAGUAAAUGCGAGCAAGAAAAUACUGCGUCGUAAGAAUAAUUGCAAAAAAAGAAUUAAUUUAUUAGGCCCUUUUGGUCGGAAUUCCCCCAUAAGUAAUACUUUACAAGUACUUAAUUGUUUUUGCUAAUAUGUGUAAGUGAAAAGCUGUGAUGGUGACUAUGAUGUAAUGUAAGGUUCGAGAUAAUAUUUUUAAAUUUGGUGUUAAUAGUCUUAAUUUUGUAAAAACUAGUAAAAAUAAGUUUCAACUAAUUA